CUCAUAUCUCGCCCGUCGUUUUGUCUUCGGGAGGGAUAAUAUGUGAGCCUUGCUAUACCCUGCUAGGUUGCUAGUUUAUCAGGCGUCGCCUGUGACACCACCCCCGAGUCCAUGUGCGGCCCAGUCAUCAUUCGCGAUGGGCAAGCCUAGCGAAGGGUGUGGUACUUGUCGUGCGAGAAAAGUCAAGUGUGAUCAAGCCAGACCUGUCUGCGGCCGUUGCAGAAAGGCCAAGCGGACGUGUUCCGGGUAUCGAGACCCGCUCUCGCUAUGGUUUCGCGAUGAAAGCGAGUCAGUAGCCCGAAGACUCCAAGGAUCUGCCAGCUUAGACGCAAGCCCGCCACUAGCAGAGCCUCCGGUUUUGACAGUGGCCAGACCGAAGGUUGCCUCUGAGGCUUGCUCGGGGCACCGCACUCUGCAGUCCCCGAUCCCGUUCGUUAAUUUUGCAUUGGACCAUACCUUCCAAGCCACGUGCUUCUUUCUCAACACCUAUACCUGGUUCAAUGCUGCCAGUGUGGUGCAAGGCUCUCUUGGAUCGGGACCUGCUGAGACCCUUGACGAGAAAGCCAUGAUGGCUGGUAUCGCAUCGGUGGGCUUGGCAAAUCUUGCGAGCCUGCGUAGGUCACCGUCGUUGCGACUGUCUGCCCGUUGUGAGUACGCCACAGCUCUGCAGCUGACAAACGCAGCCUUAUGCGAUCCCGCCUUGGCUAUAGCAGACACAACUCUCACCGCUAUCGUUUGUUUGUCGUUAUUUGAGAUUGUCGCCUGCGAGAGACAGGAAAGCCUGGAAUCAUGGAUCGAACACUCACAGGGGGUUGCAACAAUCCUUGAACUCCGCGGCAGCAAACAGCUUCAGCGCGAAAGCGGGUUCUGGAUGUUCCAAGCUCUCAGAAACGAGGUGCUCAUCGGUUGCCUACAAAAGAAGACAAGACUUCCUUCUGUCCUCGUCGAAUUGCCUGAUCAAAUGGCUGUUAAUUUCCAGAGGCACCCUUUUCCAACUGAUGGGGAUCGGCUCGUGAAGGUCGUGGCUAAGUUCUCGGAGCUGCAGGCUGAUAUCAGAGAGGGGAUCAUCUCGGAUAGCACCGAAAUCGUAUCGAUUGCCAUGGCGAUAGAUUCGGAGCUCGAACUAUUUGCUAGCACCGUCUCUGCGGAGCUUUCCUAUGCGACAAGCGCUUGGCACGGCGAUGUGGUAUCUCGUGAGAAAGACGGAGAUAACUUUUCUCACUAUCAAGGAUCCUACCACAUUUACCAGUCCACCUGGGCUUGCAAUAUCUGGAAUAACUAUCGCUAUAUGCGAAUCCUUGUCAAUGACGUGAUCCUUACACAUGCGUCCAACGCGCAGAAGUCCCAACCGGGCAUGGAACACGACAGUUUCAUGAACCGAUGUGUGCGGAUCCGCGGCCUGAUGAGGCAGCUGGCAGUCGACAUCUGCUGCUCCGUCCCAUUCAAGUUCGGAGUGGCUGGCCGCGACGGUAAGAGCGUUUUUGACUCUGUGACAACCAUGACCGGUACAGGGUUCACUUUACUUCUGCCGCUCUUUGUGGCCGCGCUUGUUGGUGGAGUCUCCAGUCCGAUCCAUGACUGGGCCAUGAGAUGCUUCAACGUCAUUGGCCGGGCUAUGGGGAUUGACACCGCUCUAAUACUAAUCCAAUUCCUGGAGAACCAUCGAGGGUGAAUUGACGCGAUGGCAACUGGCGGCGUAGCUUGGCCAUGGGACGCGUCAGCCUGAGCUUGUACAGAAAGUGUCAUUGAGCGGGCAGGUUGCAUGGAUCCAGCCAUGGGACUCCUCAGUGCUGCUACCAUUAGAUUUAAUAUAGACAUGAUCUAGAUACUACAAAGCAGUGUACAAC